CAGCGCUCAUCUGCCCCGGGAGUGCGGCGCCGCUCCUCGCAGGGAGAAGAGGUCCGAAUGGAGACAGACGGCAGCCAGCCCGGCCUCGCCUCCCCGGACUCCCCGCACGACCCUUGCAAAAUGUUCAUCGGGGGACUGAGCUGGCAGACCACGCAAGAGGGCUUGCGGGAGUACUUCAGCCAGUUCGGCGAGGUGAAGGAGUGCCUGGUGAUGCGGGACCCGCUGACAAAGAGAUCCAGGGGCUUCGGGUUCGUCACGUUCAUGGACCAGGCUGGCGUCGACAAGGUCCUGGCCCAAUCCAGACAUGAACUGGACUCCAAGACGAUUGACCCGAAGGUAGCGUUCCCCCGCCGAGCACAGCCCAAGAUGGUGACCCGAACGAAGAAGAUAUUUGUGGGUGGUCUGUCCGUGAACACUACUGUGGAGGAUGUGAAACAAUAUUUCGAGCAGUUUGGGAAGGUGGAUGACGCGAUGCUGAUGUUCGACAAGACAACCAACCGACACCGAGGUUUUGGGUUUGUCACAUUUGAAAGUGAAGACAUUGUGGAAAAAGUGUGUGAAAUCCACUUCCAUGAGAUCAACAACAAAAUGGUGGAGUGUAAAAAAGCCCAGCCAAAGGAGGUGAUGUCCCCAACGGGCUCGGCACGAGGGCGGUCCCGAGUCAUGCCUUACGGGAUGGAUGCCUUCAUGCUCGGGAUCGGCAUGCUGGGUUAUCCAGGCUUCCAAGCUGCCACCUACGCGAGUCGAAGUUACACUGGCAUUGCACCUGGCUACACUUACCAGUUCCCUGAGUUCCGUGUAGAGCGGACCCCUCUCCCGAGUGCCCCCGUCCUCCCUGAGCUCACAGCAAUCCCCCUCACUGCGUAUGGACCAAUGGCAGCAGCAGCGGCUGCAGCAGCUGUGGUGCGAGGGACAGGUUCCACCCCCAGUCGCACAGGUGGAUUUCUGGGCACCACCAGCCCUGGGCCGAUGGCAGAGCUUUAUGGAGCCGCCAACCAGGACUCAGGGGUCAGCAGUUACAUCAGCGCUGCCAGCCCAGCCCCGAGCACCGGCUUUGGCCACAGCCUAGGGGGUCCCUUGAUUGCAACAGCUUUUACCAAUGGGUAUCACUGAAGCUGGGGACCAAGGAGGCAGGAGAUUCCCCAGGGACCGAACAGAGGACAGCGGCUGGAGGAUCUGGUGAGCCUCGGGGGAUGAGCCAAGGUUACCUUUUUCUUGAAUCAAACUGCACACUGCCGGCUGGCUGCCAGGCUCCUGCCGCCCUGCCCUGAU